GCAGCAGCAGCGCAGCAGCAGUUAACGGUGCAUGUGAAAAAGUCCCCACCACAAACGUCGUGAAAGUCGAAAUCGAUAAUUGCUAGAGGUAAUGUAACGCCAUUUAAUCGGAGCUCGAACAGAAAAACCAAAUCGUAGUGUAAACCAAUUGCCAUAACAAAAGCCCCAUGAUGCAGCCGCCGCCGCGAAAGGGUAACUAUGUGAAAUUCCUCAAGAAUUUGCACACGGAGCAGGUGGCCAAGCUGCAGCUGAAGAACCAGCAUGAGUGCGACCUGUUGGAGGACAUUCGGCAGUUUACCAUCAAGCGGUCGGCUGUCGAGAAGUCGUACAGUGAGUCCCUGCUCAAGAUCUCAUCGCAGUAUCUCAACAAGAAGAUACCCAAUAUACCAGAUAUUAAGAUGGACGGCAUGGAGGAGCGCUGGAACAUGUGGAGUGUUUGGCGCACAGUUCUCGAGGAGAAUGAAAAGCUGGCUCGAGCUCGAUUGGCCGCCAUCGAGGUUUUCCAACAGCAGAUCGCCGAUGAGGCCAAAGUCCUUCGGGAUUAUAAGUUGGCUAUAGCCAAGCGAUCGCUAUCCGGAAUUGUCAACGUGCAGAAGGAACUCCACUUGAGCGUGGGUGAUGUGGACAAAACCAAGAAGUCAUACUUUGACGAGGAGCACUGUGCUCACGAUGUGCGGGACAAGGCCCGCGAUAUCGAGGAGAAGCUGAAGAAAAAGAAGGGCUCCUUUUUUCAGUCGAUCACUUCGCUGCAGAAGAACAGCGCCCGAGUCACGUCUCGCAAGGAGUUGCUGGAGGAGAAGUCCUCUGGAGCCCGGAAUGACUAUGUACUCAGCUUGGCCGCCGCCAAUGCCCAUCAGAAUCGAUACUUCACCGUCGAUUUGCAGACCACGAUGACCACCAUGGAGAACUACGUUUUCGAGAGGGUCGCCGAGUACCUGAUGCUAAUGGGACGCACAGAGCUGCUGACCUGCUCGGCCACGCAGAACAGCUUCGGGAAAAUCCGCGACCAGGCGCAGCAGCUGACCCGGGAGUACAACCUGCAGUGCUGCUACCUGUUCUACCCGGUGCUCAAGCAGCACAUCCAGUACGACUUCGAGGCAUGCGACAACGAUCCGGUGCGCAAGGUGACCGCGGAGCACGAGUCCGCCGCCGAGACGCUGACCAAGGAGGCCAAGAACUUGGCCGGCAGAGUGGUGAAGGAGAACGCCUCGAUCCGGGAGAACGCCAAGAAGCUGGCCCUGUGCCAAUCGCUGCGAGACUCUGGCCAGCGCACCGAUCCCAACGAUCCCAAUGGACCCGAUCUGGACACCAAGAUCGAGGAGUUUCGCGAUCAAAUCAGGAGAUCGGAGACGGAGAAGACCAAGGCGGAGGCCUGUCUGCAGUGUCUGCGGGACGGAGGCAUCAAUGUGGACGAAUGGGUCCAGGAGGCCGAGAUCAUGGGUGUGCAGGAGCUCACGCGCUCUGCCAGCUCCAUUUCGAUGCGCACCGAUGCCUCUGGCCAGGGCGAGAAUCCCAGCUCGGACUCCUUCUACGACAGCGACAAGGAGGAGACCCAGACCCAGACGGCUGCCCAGGCGAAGCCCAAACAGGAGCAGCAACUGUCCAGGGAUCGCACCUUCAGCGACAGUGACGAAGAGCCAGAAGUUCGUCCCACGGCGGCGGCAGCUUCCACUGCAGCUGCUGCCGCCUCCUCGUCCAUGAUGGCCAGCGGCGGAGGUGGCUGGGAUGAUCCCACUGAGGUCAACUGGGGUGCUGCCGAGGAGGAGGAGGACAAGGACGAACCGAUCGUUCCGGAGCCCAAGGAGGCCAUCUUUAAGUGCACUGCGCUCUACAGCUAUACGGCCCAGAAUCCCGACGAGCUCACCAUCGUUGAGAACGAGCAACUCGAAGUGGUUGGCGAGGGAGACGGCGACGGGUGGUUGAGGGCCCGCAACUAUCGCGGCGAGGAGGGCUACGUGCCACACAACUAUCUGGACAUCGAUCAGGAGACAGCGAGCAGCGCCUUUAAUGGUACUUCCGGCAAUCAAUUGCGCUCACAAAUCUCAUUCUCAUCUGUCGAUUAUACCGUUGACAAUGAAGAUCAGACGGUGGACUCGAUGCAAUCGCCCGACCAGGUGUCGGUCAUAAUGGCGCCCCAGAAGCGGGUCAAGUCGGAUGUGGAGUGGUGCAUUGCGCUCUACGACUACGAUGCCACCGCCGAGGAUGAGCUGACCUUCGAGGAGGGCGACAAGAUCAAGAUCAUCACCAAGACCGCCCACGGCGUGGACGAUGGCUGGUGGGAGGGCGAGCUGGACGGCAAGUUCGGCAACUUCCCCUCGCUGGUCGUCGAGGAGUGCGACGAGUUGGGCGAGCCGCUCAGCGAGGGCGGCGACGAAUCGCCCCCGCCCACCGCGGCGCCCACAUUUGCACUGCCCCCCGCUCCGGCCCUGCCGCCAGAGUACGCCCACGAGCUGGAACUGGAGCUCACGGAGGAUAUGUUCGGCUCCCAGGACACAGCAGAUGAGGAUAGCGGCUAUAUACCUAACGGCGCUGCUGCACCGAGUAUGCCUCCGCCAGGCCAGAACCAAAGCCAAACCACUGCCAAGAAGGUACUCAUCCAAGAGCCUGGCAUGGAGGACGAUCUCAGUGACGAUGGGCAGCCGCCGCCGUCCUUGCCGCCGCCCCAACUACCGAAGGUCGGCGGACCGGGGUCGGGGAGCAAGGCCGAAAAGGGGGCGGCGGGUGGCGGCGCCAACACGCUGAACUUAGGUAUGGCACAAAUAAUUGUUACCGCUGCAACCCCCAUGGUUGAAGACGGUGCCGAUAAAUCUUUCCCACCAGUAGGCGAGGGCGAUGCGCAGCCGGAGGAGCAGUCGACCACAAAGGAGCAGCAGCAGCAGCAGCAGCAGCAGCAGCCAUCGGCGGAUGUGGCCAAAAAGCCAGACAUUGCGCCCAAGCCGCAGGGCAAGGUGGUGGCGCCUCAGGCUGCGGCAACCAAAGAAGGUAAAGCUGAGGGAGCUGAAGGAGUGAAGCCCGUGGUGAGCAUUACACUGACCGAGUAUCCAUCCUGUGAUGCAGAGGACCAGCAGUCCUUCUCGGAGGACUCAGCCUCGGUGGGCGAUGUGCCCGCUCUGCAGGAUGCCGAGGAUCCGUUCAACGAGAAAUCCAAGGAUUCCAACGGCGGCGGCGGCGGAUCGGGAUUUGAGGCCAAUUUCGAGGCCAACUUUGAUGCCAACUUUGAUGACGCGUUCGCGGGAAGCGGCGGAUCCGGCGGCGGAGGAGGUGGCGGUGGAGGUGGGGGCGGUGGGGAGCAGUCCAGCGAUCUGGAUGUUAACGGCGAGGCAGUUGGAGAACCGGGAACGGGAUCAGGAUCGGCGGAGGAUAUCGAGGCACCCAAACAGGUGGUCGGUGGGCGAGCCAGCAUACCGGAGGAAUUGGACUCAAAUCAAUUGGCACACGACCAUGAGCAUGAUAUAUACUAUAUAGACUAUAGCCACGGACAGUUAUAGAGUGCGGAUCAGUGCGGAACAACACCACAGCGACAGCCACAAUUACAAUCACAACCAGACCCCACAACACUAUGAAUGCAUUCUGAUCUCACACCCACCACCAUCCCACAACCUAUCCAACAACUCCAAACACACAGAUGAUAUAGCCAGACUCGGACGGACUGGGAACUUAUCGAUCUUAUCGAUAACUUAUCGGUUAACUUCGUUUUCAGCCCAAAGUAAAUAUAGUAGUUUAUUUUGGCUACCACCCGAUUCACAUACAACGACACAAUAGCAGGAUAUAGAAUAUAUGUACUUAUAUAUAGUAUAUCAGGUCGGGAUUUCCCCUCAACCUCAAACACUUCACGUACAGCGCUCAAAUUGUGUACAUCCAUUUGAAUACUUCUUCUGACUGCCUCUGGGGUUAUAGUUAGACAUCAACUGGGCCUUCAUAAACAAAACCACCAUACGAUAUAUUACUAUUUAAAUAUAUACAUAAUUAUGUUAGUUUGUAAAGUGUUAUACCCUCAGACACGUAUGGAAUACAUUGAUAUAUUAUAUUAUAAAUGGAAUAUUGUAACGUUUUGAAAGACAAUUACUUAUGUAGCACUCAGACACGGGUCUUCGAAUAUCAGCAUCCACAACUAAUCGAGCAAUAAUAUGUAUAUAUAUCUAAGUGAACUAGAGAAUCCGGUUUAGCAGCAUUAAGUUAGCCAUUCGCUUCGAUUUUUCGCCAACAAAAGCCAAUCAACUUUAAAGUCAAUUCACCUCGUUUUUUGUUGUUCGCUUCUGUUCGCUUUACUUAGUCCUAGGAUCUCUGCACAUUAUAGUAAAUCAAUCAAGGCCGCAAAUGAAUGUAUUCGAAUCGUAGGAGCGGAUCCGGCAGAUAUAUAUUGUUGUAAUUGUAUGCAAAACUCUAGCCUAAUUAGUUAAAUGUUUUCCGUGUCUAGUUAAAUGGUCUAAGUUAAUGUUGGAUGCCAGAAAGAAGAUAUUUGAAGUUAGUAAAAAGCCUACUCAACGCGAGACUUUGUUUGCGAUACUCGAAUAUUAAAGUUCAUAACUCACCAAUUGGAUAACCUCAUAUUCACAUAACCGAUAUUACCGAACA